GUCUAUGUGGCCAUCUUUGACUGACGAAUGAGGUUCGAAGUGUGCCGAAAAACGCGUGCGUGUUGCCUUCUGUGUGUUCGGAAAUUGCUGAUUUUUCCCAGCAGCAGCAGCCUUUUCUCUGCGCCGGAAGUGGCACCGGAAUUCCAGUGUGUGUGAGUGCGCGCGCGUUGUGGAAAGCUAUCCCGUGAGUGGGCACCCGUCGAAGCGGCACCGAGUUCCGGAGUUUGACCGGACUUUUUUUCCUUCCUUUUUUUUGUGGGUCGCGAGAUUUUUCCUUCGCGGUGUCUUCUUUUUUCUUUUUCGUUACCUUGCGGUGCGGUUCUUUUGUUCCUCCUCCCACCCCCCGCGGCGCGACGGCAGUGUCCACCUACCCGGUUCCCUCGGAGUGAGAAAGUUGCCUACCUGGCAGAGGAAUUUGCAGUGCCUACCGAUUUGCAGGAGUUCACAGUAGAGUUAGCAGCAGGAUGGCCCAAGAGAGCGAUUCCUCCGAAGUGGCGACCAAGUUCUCCACCCUGAACGUGAACGCGAUGGAAUUUGUGCCCAGUUUCAGCUUCGGCGCGGCGGCAGCGGCACCGGCCGCUUCGGAGGCCACAGAUGGCGCCGCUGCGGCGGCCACGACCGCUGCCAGCACCACCACCACCACGACAGGCGGAUCGUCGUCCGGUGGGGCCAACACGCCGACUUCCGCGGCCGCCACACCGACGCCACCGUCCAGCAGUGCGGCCCCCACGCCCAUGGACACCAAGGGCGACGAGGAGGCCAAAACGCCGGAGAAUAACGAAAGCGAACCACUGGACAGCUGGGACGCCGAGGAGGACUCGAUCCUGACGCCGGAGGAUGAGGAGAUGGAGCUGGACGACGUCGAGGGACUGGACGGGGACGCACUGGCCAAGGUGUCCAAGAAGAAGCCCGUCAAGGUGGAGGAAAGCAAGAGCAAAAAGGAGCACGUGAACGUCGUCUUUAUCGGUCACGUUGAUGCCGGCAAAUCCACCAUCGGUGGCCAAAUCAUGUCCCUCACCGGGAUGGUCGACAAGCGGACGCUGGAAAAGUACGAGCGUGAGGCACGUGAAAAAUCUCGAGAAAGCUGGUACUUAUCUUGGGCGCUCGAUACAAAUCAGGAAGAACGUGACAAAGGCAAAACGGUCGAGGUGGGUCGAGCCUAUUUUGAGACUGAGAAGAAACAUUUCACCAUCCUGGACGCGCCCGGCCACAAGAGCUUCGUGCCGAACAUGAUCGGGGGUGCGGCGCAGGCCGACCUGGCGGUGCUGGUCAUCUCGGCGCGAAAGGGCGAGUUCGAAACCGGGUUCGACCGGGGCGGGCAGACGCGGGAGCACGCGAUGUUGGCGAAGACGGCCGGCGUGAAGCACCUGGUGGUGCUGGUGAACAAGAUGGACGAUCCGACCGUGAACUGGGACGUUGAGCGGUACAACGAAUGUAAAGACAAAAUCUUACCAUACCUCAAGAAGCUGGGCUUCAACCCGGCCAAGGAUCUUACCUUUAUGCCGGUGUCGGGCAUCACCGGCCAGGGCCUGAAGGAGCAGAUCGACGAGUCCAUCUGCCCGUGGUACCGAGGGUCGGCCUUCAUUCCCUUCAUCGACGAGCUGCCUUCGCUGAACCGCAAGACGGACGGCCCGUUCAUCAUGCCGAUCGUGGACAAGUACAAGGACAUGGGCACGGUACUGAUGGGCAAGGUCGAGUCGGGCACGGCGAAGAAGGGCACCAACCUGCUCGUGAUGCCGAACAGAACGCAAGUCUCGGUAGAUCAGCUGUGGUCGGACGACGAGGAAGUGACCGCCGUGGGGCCUGGUGAAAACGUUAAAAUCAAAGUGAAAGGCAUAGAAGAGGAGGACGUCUCCCCAGGCUUUGUGCUCUGCGACGCCUCCAACCCCAUCAAGACCGGCAAGGUGUUUGACGCGCAAGUAGUUAUCCUAGAACACAAAUCAAUUAUCUGCGCGGGUUACUCGGCCGUGAUGCACAUACACUGCGCGGCGGAGGAGAUUACGGUUAAGGCUCUCAUCUGCUUAGUGGACAAGAAGACGGGCGAAAAGUCCAAGACGCGGCCACGCUUCGUCAAGCAGGACCAGGUCGCGAUCAUGAGAAUCGAGUGCUCGGGCCUGAUCUGCCUCGAGCAGUUCAAGCUCUUCCCGCAGAUGGGCCGGUUCACGUUGCGAGAUGAAAAUAAAACCAUCGCCAUCGGUAAAGUUCUAAAGGUUAUUGAGUAAAUAAAGCAAAAAAAAAAAAAAAAAAAAGGGAAAAACUGUUUUUAAGCCGUAACAAAAAAACACACAACUGGGAAAACAACAAACAACAACGCUAUCUCGUCCUCUGCUGUAAGGAAACUUGCCUCCACAACAACAAACAGACUACACAGACAAGCACGCCACAGACAAACAGACCCGAGCAGGAAACCGCAGCGAAAGCAACUGGAAACAGCAAUAGUGAGCAGCAAAAGAAUUAAAAACCAGAGAGGGAGAGCAAAAAUAAAAAAAAAACUCGUUAGAACGAAAGCAACUAAUUCUUCUAGGAAGGGCGUCGCGUUCUUUUUGUGAAAGAUUGUGAGAAACCGCGCGCGGCGCCAAUCGUUACGUUACGUUUUAUGAUUGUCUUAAAAUCUUGAGAGAGAGAGAGAGAUAAAGAAAGAGAAAAGAUUGCUUUGAAAGCAACGCAACGCAUUACUAUUUUCAAAUUUAAUGAUCAGAGAUCACACCUCCCCCCACAUCCAGCGCGUUCUCGUUUUUCGUUUCGUUCAAGUCUUCGUUUUCCUCGCGCGCCCCCUUCUUCAGCAAGUAAGCAGCGAGCAGCAUGUCGUCGUUAGAGCCACACAAUCAUUUGUAAAAGAGGAACUAAUUGAAAAUAUUAAAAGAGAAAAACAAAUCGCGGAAGCGGAGGACUGAACUUAUAUACAAUAAGGAAACAAAACAAAAGAAACAUGAGAGAAAAUAAAACUAACAAAAGUGAAGAAAAUAAAAGUUAAAAACGAAACGAUAAAAAGAUAAAAAUGAAGGAACAUCAUACGCAUCAGGAACAAUAAUCUUAAUGAUAACACGUUAUUGUAUAGAAGAAGCAGCGCGAGAACCCUUUCGUGAGACGGCCACCCCCCCUGGAAAAGGAAAACAACACACGUGUGAUAUUAAGUCGUCGUCGUCGUUGUUGGAACCAGUUUGGAAGCUACUAGCAAAAACAGUAACGAAAGGACCCUCUUAUUACCAGCUACUAACAACCAAUUGUUACUUUUUAAAUUUGUUUCCCACACACCACCCACACAAGAUAAAGUUCGGCUUAUUAUGAGGUUUUUUUUUAUAAAGCUUUUUGUAUUGGAAAGUAACCAGCAAAAAAAUUGCAAAAAAACUAGCAUCAAUAAAGGACACAAAAAUUAAGCUGCGCUGACGAGAAAAAACGCAGCUUCGGGACGAACUCGCUUUGAAAGCCGAGCAUCCUUGAGAAUAAAAAACAGUUUAAAAAAAACAAGUGCUUCACGAUUUUUUCGAUUUAUAAAGAAACAGAAACAAAAUAAAAAAAACGGCCCGAGCGAAUGCGGUUUGAUGAGAGUGCGAUUGAGUGUGAAAGUUGACAAGUUCGUUUUUUUCUGUUCUUUCCGAGAUACCAGAAGAGAAGGGGUUUCAUGAUUAGAGCCUCCGCCCGUUCGGGCGGCAAUUCGAGCGUGAAUGAGAGCAAGGUUAUUACACGAAAAAAAAAAACAUUAAUUUAACUAGAGCUAAAUACGCUAUUAUGCAAAACAUUUACAAUACACCAUUAAAAAGAGAGAGAAGGAGAAGGCAAAACUUGUGGAGAAGCAAACUUUUCAAAUCGCGAUAGAGAAAUAACAGCAGCAGCAGCAGCAGCCAGCGCUACACACACAAAAACAACUCACAACAAUACAAUUGUAUCGGGAAAAGAAAGGCAGAAAAAUAGGGAUUAAAAAGUUGACACGAAAAGCGUGAAAAGAUCGUUGUUGCAGUAGGAGCGAGAAGAGAAA